AUGGCGACAGAUACAAGAACUGAAAAAGAGAAAAUGCUUGCUGGCGAACUGCAUAAUGCAUUUACGCCACAAUUAUUAAAUGACCGAGCAGUAUGUCGAGAGCUUAUUUAUGAUUUUAACUCAACGCGACCAACUGAAGCAGAAAAACGCGACGAAAUUAUUCGAAAACUAUUUGGUCAAUUCGGAUCUAAUUCCGUUAUUGAAACACCGUUCAAAUGUGAUUAUGGUUAUAAUAUAUAUUGGGGUGAAAACUCAUUUGCUAAUUUUAAUUUAAUUGCACUUGAUACAUGUCCAAUUUAUGUUGGUAAUUAUGUAC